GCAAGGUUGCCCUGGGUCGAGAGCCAACAAAGAAAACUGCAACUUCAGGUGAAAAAUCGUUUAUAAAAACCGAGUACGGACUGGGUAACACAAACAGUAGAUUAACCAGUUCAAGAUGGCCUGCCAUAAGAUGUCUUUCCGCCCGAUGCUGCUGGUGCCGGUGCUGCUAAUUCUGCUGGCGGUGCACUUGGAGGCCUCCAAGAUCGCCUACAAGAAGCCGCUGUACGGCAAGGGAAACUACAUUAAGGACAAGCGCAUAAGGAGCAAGUCAUUGGCACUCCCCACCACCACAACCGGAGCCCCAACCACCGAGGAAGAUUGGCCAGCCGCCGUGGAGUUCAUAAUUGUGACCACACCGCAGCCAGAGCUCAACAGCACGACAGAGUCUAGCAGGAGUACCAGCAUAAGUGGCACCACUGAAGCCUUCAGCACCAGCAGCCAAGCCUGUGGCAGCACCACACCAGCAACGCCUGCCACUCCAGCCACAGGGACGACGACAGCCUCUAACAGUUUGGACAACACAUUGCCAUCGCCACCGACACCAGCGUCAGCGUCAGCAUCGGCUUCUAACCUGGACAACCACCCAGUGCCGUGCACAUGCGGCGUGUUCCUCUCCUCGCAGAUGCACCAUGGACUGCAGGAGGCGCCGCUUAUCCAUCAGGAGCUGGAUCGCAUGUACCCGUGCAAUGCGAUUGGACGGAAGCAGUGCCAAACCAAGUGCCUGGAAGCGAUCGUCCAGCACUUGCCCAACUCGGCCAACAUUGUGUGCUCUGCACUCGGCCACGACUGCCACAAGGAGCGGGCCUAUUUGUUCAUCAAGAAUUGCCACAAUCAGUGGGUUAACACCAAUCUGCAGGCCGGCAGGGAGUACUGCUGCAAGGCCGGCGUGCCCUAUCGCUGUCCUCUGUUGGGCUAACUGGUUUGUUUCCCCAUCUGUGGGCUCCACAAUAAAUGCUUUGAUAUACCUACCCAUA